UGCUGCCUGCAGGGAGCCAACAGCUGCCGCCUGCUGCGCCCGGCGCUGGGCUGGGUCUGCCAAGGAGUAACCAAGGCAAACCGCAGGCAAGCAGCCGGGCAAAGGAGUCAUGCCCGCCAGUACCCCCAGACCCUCUCUAGGAGCAGCCGCUACGGGGAAGCGGAUGAUAUUUACAGGUCCAGAUGCUAUUCGUGAUUACAGAACAAAGCUCCCUGAGUAUAUUCGCUACAUCGGAGCAACCACUCCAGCACAAGGGGCCACCAGUGACCUUGAGUACUUGUGGCGUACUGCCCCCUGGACAACUUCUAUAUUGCCCCACAAACAUUCCUACCCUGGACAAAUUGGCUGGGGAGUAACAGAAUUUAGUUAUCUCAACAGAGGAAAUCUGCUCAGUGGCAUGCAGAUUAAGACUGGAGAAUUCCGUCAGGCUGCUGAAGAUGAGAUAACUCAUCGAUACCAGAAUCCAUGGCAGCCUCCACCCAAUAUUCUUGAUCUACAAGGCUCCAACACUAGGGGCAGGCUUGCCUGGAAUUGCACUGACUAUGACAACUUCUAUCACACUGACGGCAAAUGGGCUGCAAUGACCAGGGAUAGCUGGUCGUCAAAGGGAUCUGCGCUUCCCAGCUUAAAGAUGUACACGCCCUCUCCUACUUUCUGACCCUUCUGCUUGGGUGUUGCAUGUGUACUGAUCUAUAUCUCCUGUUAAUACCAUUCAAUUUAUGCUCCUGCUUCUUGUCCAACUGCUGACAUCCUGUCCCAUUCUCAACCCCUCAUUCAUUCAUAAAAUGUACCCUAAAACAACAUUAUAAAAAUUCAUAGAAUCAUAGAAGAUUAGGGUUGGAAGAGACCUCAGGUCAUCUAGUCCAACCCCCUGCUCAAAGCUAGACCAACCCCAACUAAAUCAUUUCAGCCAGGGCUUUGUCAUUCCAAGGCCUUAAAAAUCUCUAAGGAUGGAUUCCACCGCCUCCCUAGGUAACCCAUUCCAGUGCUCCACCACCCUCCUAGUGAAAUACUUUUUCCUAAUAUCCUACCUAGACAUCCCCCACUGCAACUUGAGACCAUUGCUCUUUGGUCUGUUAUCUGCCAUCACUGAGAACAGCUGAGCUCCAUCCUCUUUGGAACCCCCCUUCAGGUAGUUGAAGGCUGCUAUCAAAUCCCACCCCCCCCUUCUCUUCUGCUGACUAAACAAGCCCAGUUCCCUCAGCCUCUCCCCGUAAGUCGUGUGCCCCAGCCCCCUGAUCAUUUUCUUUGCCCUCCACCAGACUCUCUCCAAUUUGUCCACAUCCUUUCUGUAGUGGGGGGCCCAACACUGGAUGCAAACUCCAGAUGUGGCCUCACCAAUGCUGAAUAGAGGAGAAUAAUCACUUCCCUUGAUCUCCUGGCAAUGUUCCCACGAAUGCAGCUCAAUAUGCCGUUAGCCUUCUUGGCAACAAGGACAUACUGUUGAAUCAUAUCCAGCUUCUCGUCCACUGUAAUACCCAGGUCCUUUUCUGCAGAACUGCCAAAUUGUUAGGGUUAAUGCAUUAUCUAGCAUUCUCAGCCUUAUUGAUUAAGUCACAAGUAAAGAUCCAUUUUAUAGACUCAUCCUAAACCUAGGUAGAAGUUGUCACUCAACACGAGGUAGCCACAUAACUCAACACAAAUGGUGCUCUGGUUAAGGCGUAGACCAGAGGUCGGCAACCUUUCAGACGUGGUGUGCCGAGCCGUCAUUUAUUCACUCUAAUUUAGGGUUUCGCAUGCCAGUAACACAUUUUAACGUUUUUAAAAGGUCUCUUUCUAUAAGUCCAUGAUAUAUAACUCAACUAUUGUUGUAUGUAAAGUAAAACAUUUAAAAAACCUUAUUAAGAAGCUUCAUUUAAAAUUAAAUUAAAAUGCAGAGCCCCCCGGACCACUGGCCAGGACCCUGGGCAGCGUGAGUGCCACUGAAAAUCAGCUCGUGUGCCGACUUCGGCACGCAUGCCAAAGGUCGCCUACUCCAGGCCUAGACCAACAAGGGAAAAUGAAAAUCAGGAUUACGACCCAGAGGCACAGCUGUGCACGUGUACUCUGCAUGCUAGUAGGCCUUCAGUCUCAUGAGCACCAAAUUCUGUUUACCUUAAAAAGGUUACUGUUUUGGUAAGAGUCCUAUGUGAAGGACAGGCUAUGCAGUUCACCACAAAGUGGGCGAGUGUGAAAUCAUAGUGACAAUCGAGUAAAACAAAGUUGUAUUCACUAAAUGUGCCUCUAUAGGACAGAGUUUGGUACCACACCAAGCACUGUAGGAGAUUCCAGAUAUAUGUCAAAAGGCUACAAAAUUUACAGUUACUACUACAAAAUAAAAAACUGAAACCAUUUCAGGGAGAUGCACAGUGAGGAGAACUUGAUGCAAAGAGUUAUUUUUCUUAUCCCCGUCAGCCUGAGAUAUUACUAAUCUUUAUUGAGUUCAAAUUGAAGAUGGGAUGAGUGAUUAUAAACACACAAACCAGACUGUACCUCAGCUCUACUCCCAAACAUAAGGGUACAAAAACAAAUUGUUACAUUAAUCCUCCUCCUCUUCUCCAAUGUAAUGAUUAGCUGCAAGGCCAACAGAUCCAGUCGUUUUUCUACAGUUUCUCCAUUCAAAUCUCAUGCUGUUCUGAGGCCUCCAGACUGGAGAGUUGCUUGGUGGACUCUGGACAGUAUCCAGCUUGGAAGCCUUAGAAAGAUGGUGGAUUUGGCAUUAAAAAAAAAACUGACCCAAAACAGCUGGAAAUCUGGUGAAGUCUGAUUGUUCAUGCAGGUGAAAAAAAAAAACACAGAAAACUGAGUGAAGCACAAAAAUACAAAUACAGAACCCUCAGGCUCUUAGGGCACUUAGCACAUGGACAAGUAUAAAAUAGUUUUGUUUUUAAAAUAAACUCAUAUAGAUGUUAUGAAAAGCCCUAUGUUGUGAAAGAGUAUGGAGUGAACCUGGAAACAGCCAUGGGCCUAUGUGAGAUCUAUUGAAUAAAGAAAUAACUAAUUCCUCCACAGAACCUAAUUAGCGAGGGCAUUCAGCCCAUUCGUGUUCACUCAAUUUUCAUUUCUGCUCACAGAUCACUUUUAAGGUAUCAGCAUUUGUCUGCGUAUAAAUGGAGAGGAGGCAUCUAUAGAUUUGAGUAGAGUUUAGGGAACAUAAGCCACCGAACCUUGCGAAUACUGUCUAUUACAAUGCCAUAUCUGCUGCUGCACUACUGAUAAUGGUACUAGCCAAUUGUACCCAUCAAUGCAGUGUUCAAUUCGAGCUUUAUCCACCAGAAACAGAAAAACAUUUCUAGGAAGAGAUUUACAAGGGAAAAAAAAUAAUCAAGACAAUUUAAACUGAAUUCAAAACGUUUAUUGCACCAAAUGUUGCAAAGAAAUAGACCAAAAUUAUACUGUACAAAAACAGCAGUAAGAAAAAAAAUUCCACAUAGUUUGACACUGAUAUGCAUUCAGUCAAUUCUAAAAGAAGGAAAUCCUUUCAUAAAAAUAUGCAAUAGCAACACAAUCAGAUUUGCUUCUAGUAUGGAUAACCAGUUAUGUAUGUCAUUUUAAUCCAUUUAACUGGAGUAGCUAAUGUAUAGUAUAUAAUUGGCAGUUUAGACUCAAUUCUGAUCUGAGUCCUUUUAAGCCAGGAGUGGAGGCUGGGGAGAGGGAAUCUUGCUUUAGAUAGUGACCAAGUUGUGUCACUUUACAUACAACAGUUUGGUGUUUUGAAAAAGGGCUUUUCACUUUCAAGAGUGAAAAUAUACAAGCAAAACACCUUAUUUAUUUUGUUCUCCAAAUUAUACUAUGAAAGACACACAGAAUUAAAAGUAUAUAUUCAUACAUUUGAGGCAGAACUAUAGUUUAGAUUAAUUAAUAAUUUGGGAAGCUAUAAACUAGAUUAAAAUGUUUAGCUCAUAUUGAAACUGCUUUAGAUUAAAAGACUUCUAUUAUAUGCAGUCCUACAGUUUAGUGUUCACCUGUAUUGGCAUUCCUCCCCCCCUCUGUAAAAGUAAUUUAAUCUGAAGAGUGUACAUUCUUUACACUGGAAUGUGUAAACUGCAUUUCUGUAGGGUUUUGAAAGAUUACUCAGCCUCACUUGAAAACCAAGAAAAAUAUGUAUUAAGAAGUUUACAAAAGAUUUAUAAUACUGAUAAAAAUAAAAAAGCUUUGGAAUCUUGAAGAUUUAAGCUACAUUUUUAUUUCACUGUAAGUUUUAAACAUUUUUCCUGUACAUUCAUACCACUUUUCAUUCUAUUAAAAAAAUAAAACUAACAUGCUAUAAAGAUGUCUAACACAACAUUUGUACAUACUUACUGCUCUGUCAUGCCACACUAACUUGCCCAACCAGCAAGAUGCUACAAAAAUGUUCAACAGGUAAGCUUUACAAAGUUGAAGAGCCCUAAAGGUAGUAUCCUGUCAAUUGAGGUAGUAUAUUUGGCGGGAAGGAGAAAUAUUUAAGUUUCUUUAAACUAAAGCCACCAUUUUUUUAAAAUUAAGAAAUAUACAAACCUUAAUUUUAGAAAUCAAUUUUGAGACUAAAAAUAGGGCAGUCUCGUGUAAUUUGUGAAGAGCAGCGAAGUGUUAUAUAAAAGGCAAUAACUAUAUUGUAAAGAUUUUAUACUGGGCUGAGGAAAUGUCGAUUGCAUUUGAAUCAUCAGUUCAUACAUCUCCUUAAAUUAACGUACAAUUUUAUCCAACAGCAGCAUUUGUUGGGGGUAAGUAGUAAAUUAAGGAUUUCUGAUCAAGGUUCUAAGUCUGCAACAUGCUGUGUUCAGGUUGACUUGCCUUCAGAUGGGGCUCCAUGUGGAUACAGAGGUCCACUUGCAGGCAUCUCUCUGCAAAACUGGGACUCAAGUCAGUUCAGACGGAAACAAGACAAGCCAUUUUUUGUUGAACAUAAACAGGAACUAGACAAACUAAAUUACUAUGAAAAAAACUGCAGGGCAUGAAGUAAUGAGAAUGCAUAAAAUAUAGAAUUCUUGCAUACUUACAAGGGAAGUCAUUACACCCACCUACACACUAAGCAGAGAGGGGAAGUUUGACAACAGGUGCACUUGCUAUGUCAUUUGGUUUCAAGCAAACCGUGGAGUGGAGGUCAAAGCAGCUCAGGGGAACCAAAUCAGGGCAAGCAGAUUUCUUCAUGUAUCAGCAAUAAGAAAUAACCCAAACCUCAGGAAGACUGUAGUCACUCUGAAGAGCAUAUUGGAGAAAAGGACUAAAUGCAAAAGGACUACAGUGCAAUUAAACACCCACGACUGGCCUAGCAUGAGCUGAUUCAUGCUCAUGGGGCUUGGGCUGUGCGGCUAUAAAAUCGCAGGGUAGACAUUUGGGCUUGGGAUGAAGCACAGGCUCUGGGACCCCAUGAGGAGGAAAUGUCCCACAAUCCAUGCUCCAGCCCAGGCCUGAAAGUCUACACUGCAAUUUUAUAGACCUGCAGCCUGAGUUAGCUGACACGGCCCAUCCAUGGGUGUUUCAUUGCUGUGUAGACAUACUCAAAGUAUUAUGCAAAAGGGAGACUCCUGGAAUGUUAGAUUGGAGAUCCCAGAUGUUAAAUAAUCUUAUCUGUUUAGAAAUCAUACCUGGAAAUUAAGAGUCCUUCAACUUGGACGCACAACAACCCUUCUGCACAGAAAUUUCUCAUGGUCAUCUACAUGUUCCUCUCAGAGGG